AUGAAAAAAAUUGUUGGCUUAUUCCGAAAAACGAAGGAUACUCUCCUCGAUUCAAAUUUUGUCAUUGAUCGGGAACGUUUAACGGUAUUCGGAGCAACAGAAACCACCACUAAAUCAACGUUAUUUAAUACUACCACAACGACUGCUGCUAAUUAUUAUUUAUUACGUUUGAAUUUGGAAAAAUUAUUUUGCUUCUCCAUCCUAUCAUCGUCAUCAUUAAAAUCAUUUGAAUUGAGGCAAUAUUCUUCAUCUUGUGGAGUUGAGUUUACGGAUACGAUCCAUCCAACAUCAACAACGAGUCAUUUAAAUACUUCCAGUAUUAUUGAAAUGUCGUCCAAGAAACAAUUUCUAUCAUCGGAUGAGGCAAUUAAAAUUGAUCAACUGCUCAUGGAUAAGAAUGUACAUGGAUUUUCAAUUGACCAGUUGAUGGAAAUGGCAGGAAUGUCUGUCGCUCAUGCAUGUUUUGAUCAUGCUCCUCCUCGUGAUAGGACCAACAUUUCUUGUUUGAUUGUGUGUGGCCCAGGAAAUAAUGGAGGUGAUGGGCUAGUAGCUGCACGACAUUUGAAACAUUUUGGAUACUCCCCUGUAAUUUUAUAUCCCAAAGAAACAACCAAUGAAUUAUAUAUUAGAUUAUUAACACAAUGUAAACAAUUAGAAAUUCCAGUUUUUAAAUCAAUCGAUGAAUUAUUAGAACAACACAACAAUACUUUUGAGAAUUUCAAAUUUAUACUUGAUGGAAUUUUUGGUUUUUCAUUUUCUGACAAAAGUGGAAUAAGGGAACCCUAUAAACAUAUCAUUGAGAUAUUAAAUGAGAAAGCCAAACAACAACGGGUGCCAAUGAUUUGCAUUGAUAUUCCAUCAGGAUGGGACGUCAAUAAUACUAAUAUUGAGGAAAAUCUUUAUAAUGGAGGCCUCUAUUGUGACGUUUUAAUUUCAUUGACAGCUCCAAAAUUGUGUGCUCAACAUUUUAAGGGCGUUCAUUAUGUUGGUGGAAGAUUUGUCCCACCAUCUCUUCAAAAAGAAUUUAAUCUUGAAUUGCCUCAGUACAAAGGUAUUGACAUUAUUGCAAGAGUCAAUUAA